AUCUCAGUUGGCUUAGAAGAGCCUUGCAUAAAAAACGCUUUAUAAAUAUUGUUGUUUGUGAAUAUGAAUACGUUAGCAAAGUUGUUCACACUUGUUUUCGCAUUACUUGUGAGCUACGUGAGUGCAGCUCCAAAACCGAUACAUUAUAAGGGUGGUUAUGGAUAUCCAGGGUUUGGGUACGGUGGAGGUUAUCCGGGAUAUGGAUAUGGAGGUUAUCCGGGACAUGGACACGGAGGUUAUCCAGGAUAUGGUCAUGGAGGUUAUCCGGGUUACGGGCAUGGGGGCGGCUUUGGUGGUGGUUACGGGGGCGGAUAUGGUGGUGGUUACGGGGGCGGAUUUGGCGGAGGAUAUGGAGGCGGAUUCGGUGGAGGUUUUGGAGGAGGAUUUGGCAAAUAGACAAAAUAUAUAAUAGUUUCUGUAUGAAAUGUGAUGUGUAAUCAAAAUUUAUUUAUAAAACGUUUCCUUUUUUUACAAUAAAUAAAUAUAUUAAGUAAG